UCCGAAAUUCCAAUACACACUUCCCCUCUCUCCGAUCGAAAUCCACUACGGUCUACAACCCGUUGAUUUUUCCUGCAGCGAACUGUAGUAACAACAGUAAUAACCAUCGUAAAACACUUCACAGUUGUGCGUGUAUGCCGUGUCCGGGCGUAUUGGUUUUCCGGGGACGAGAUUCGGGAAAUCGUCGGUGCUUGUAGGCCGUCGGCUGCGUAGGGGUAAUCCGUAUAGAUAUUGAUGUCGUCCAACGACCGUUUAUUGUAAUAAUGCUCACAACAAUCGAAAACGGCGUCGCCCAACACCAUCCAUCAUCAAUCGUCAACAGUAUCAGAAAGCGCCAAUGGAACUUGGUACCCUCUUGAUCUAUUAGGCGGACUCGUUUUGAUUAUGGUCCUCUAACAAUAAGUAAUAAGUAUAACAGUGCUUCCCAAGUGUUUUUUUUUUUUUACUCGUUAGUCGUUUUAGUUUUGUUAGUUUUUCUGUUUUCUUUUUUACACAGUUGAUUUUUAUAUUUUAAUAACAAGGUUGUGAUAUAAUAUAGUAAAUAUGUGUCGGUAAAGUAAUGUCGGUGCGAUUGUCAAGCGGGUGUUUGCCCGCAAACGGUGAAAAACCGCCACCGUCACAGUCGUCCGAUAUGGUUGAAGCUAAUGGUGGCCAACAGGUCAAUCAACAACAACAGCCUCAACAAACCCGGAGCAACAGUAUGGAUUAUUUAAAUUUCGAAGAGAAAAGGCAAAUCAUAGCCUCGUCUCUAUCGCUGACGGAUUUUUUGCACACUAGUGGAACAGCUACUACGCCUACAUCACCUUCCACUGGCAAGUUUAUUAUUGCUAAAAAGCAAAAUGGUACAACUCUUAGAACGAAUAGUUUGGGUUCGGGCACGCGUACCAGUCCUCUUCAGUUGGAUCGAAAACAACCGAGCAAGUUUUCUGCUUUAGGUAAACUUUUCAAACCGUGGAAAUGGAAAAGGAAAAAAAAAUCGGAAAAGUUUGAAGCGGCAUCUAGAAAUUUAGAAAGAAAAAUCUCGGUUAGGGCUAAUCGAGAUGAAUUAAUUCAAAAAGGAAUUCUGUAUUUAGAUAGUCCGUUGGCUCAAACACAUUCGAUCUCCGAAACUGAUAAUUCACCUCAAAAUCAAACUUCAAGUGGCACAACUACUUGCGUUACCGUCACUCCCACUAUUGGUUCUUCACUCCUUUUUCAACAGCACCAAAACAGAUACUCUAAUCAUGUAAUGAGUGAUCUGAACAAAGACAACAAGACUGAAACGGUACAAAGCCAUUACGAUUCGACAGACGUGAGUUACGAACAGCAGCAACAGCAAUCACAUGUUGUCGAACAGCCUAGCAGCUCGAAGCCUGAACGGCCUAAUUCGCUAACCGGGCCCGGUGGUACGCUGACCAGACGUCUGUUCUGCUACCAUUCGAACACCAUAGCCAAUCAAUCUUUACUAGCGGCAUCAAGCCAGUCGCCGACUAGGCCUCCCAAUUCGCUUUUACCGUCAGGUUGUGAAUCCCCCAAACUUAAUUGUGAUAGAGCGUCGUCGAUGAUUAUCACCGGACAAAAUAUGUCUCAGAUGAGCGGCGGCGUGCGAACCGGCUACUAUCAUUCCAGUCCGAGAACGAUGUACAAUCAUUCUGGACAUCCAUCGUCGUUAAUGCUUUCCGAACUACCUGAACCACCUAUUCCCGUGUCGGAAGUUGGUCCCAUUCCCCCGCCGCCAAUGUUUAGUUCACCAGCUCAACAAUCGUAUUUAUAUCAACAUAAUAACGAUCGUCAAAAUCAUCACCAUCAUUCUAAUGAUAAAAAUGACGACGACGAUAUGGAGAUGGUGACCAAUGAGGAAGAUUACGACGACGAUGAUUACGAUGAAGAAGAAGAAGACGAUGAGGACGACGAAGAAGAAGUCGAUGACGAAGACGAUUCAAACGGUUUCAGGACUCGCAAUCGCCAUAGCUACCCUAGCCGCGUUGAACAGAUACCAGCCAAAGAGCCCGCGUUCAACGCACAACCGCUGAAAUCAGCACUGAAAAAACCAUCGACUCCCAACCAAAACCCACAAGAGUCAUCGCAGACAAAAAGGGCUCCGCUUAAACCUAGGAUACGUUUUUGCGGGGCCAAUCGCCCGGUAGUGUUUGGGAUAUCGCUACCUUGUUCUUUACAAGAGAACAAAGAAAACGCCAGGCCCAGCGAGUCUAGCGACGAUGACAGUUCGGGUGACGGGCCUAUAUUAUACCGGGACGACAAUAUAGGCAGCAAUCGGUUGGCUGAAAAAAUUGCGAGAAAAGAUAGUUUAGCUAUAAAGUUGGCCUUACGUCCUGAUCGACAAGAGCUGAUAAAUCGGAAUAUUCUUCAAGUUCAAAGCGAUAAAGAACGAUUAGAAACUAAAGAAGUGAUUGGUGCUCGCCUAACAAGACGAUUGAGCAUGAGACCAACACAAGAAGAACUCGAAGAAAGAAACAUAUUGAAAAAACAAACAGCAGCGGAGGAAAAAAAAUUAAAAGAAGAAAAAAAACGAAUGUUGUUGAGAAAACUGAGUUUUAGGCCUACGGUUGACGAGUUGAAAGAGAAAAAAAUUAUCAGAUUCAACGAUUAUAUAGAAGUGACGCAGGCGCACGACUACGACCGACGAGCAGACAAACCGUGGACGCGAUUAACAACCAAAGACAAAGCAGCUAUACGAAAAGAACUCAACGAAUUCAAAAGUUCAGAAAUGGAAGUUCAUCAAGAAAGCAAACAUCUCACGAGAUUUCAUCGGCCAUAAAUCAUCAUCGCAUUGUUGUUUUUUUUUUACUUUAUGUAUACAUAUAAUUACAAAAAAUUUAGCGGACAUACUCUUUGAAUUUUUUUUUUUUUAUAGAAUAAAAAUAGAUGCAAGUUAUGUAAUUCCAAACGGGAAAACAUACAUUUAAACUUGAAAUGGUAAUUAUUAAAAAAAUUAAUCCGCAUAAAAACGAUCAGACAACUUUUUUUACUUCGGCCAGACUAGUAAACAUAAUAUAAUUAACAUUAUAAAUUACCAUAUAUAUAUAUAUACAUAAAAAAAAAUUUAGGUUAUCCGUAUUUUGACAUAAAGCUUGUGUCCGUCCACAUAUAUUAGCUAUUUGUGCAAUAUAUAUACAUACAUAUAUAUAUAUAUAUAUAUAUAUAUAAUACGCAAUAAAUGUAAUUAAAAAAAUUCUAUAUUAAAAUUAUUACUUCUGCAGCUUUUACAUUCCCCAUUUAUUUUGUCCUACCCCACCUUCUUUUUUUUUAUAUUAUUUUUAUUAUGUAAUCGUUUUAUGUCCUUUUUUUUGUUAAAUCAUCGAGUUUAAAAUGUGAAAAAGUAACUCGUUUAUCGUCAUAAUUAAUAAUUAUCUUAUACCACAUUUGAAAAUAAAAGCUCAUUGUUUUGUUUGUUUUUUUUUUAAUC